CGGGAUUCUUGAACCGCGCAGCCCGUGACUUUGCACUCCGUUCCGCCCGUCUACCUCCCUCGUCUUGAGCGUGCUAAAGCAAAACACAUAUAUCGAGACGAUCCAAGCAGCACUUGAUAGCUGUUGAGACGCCAUGUCUGGUCUGGAGAAGGCUCUCUUUAACCUCAAGUUCACGGCAAAGCAACUGAACAGGCAGGCGGCCAAGGCAGGCAAGGACGAACAAGCUGAAAAGGCGAAGCUGAAGAAAGCAAUCCAACAGGGUCACGGAGACAUCGCUCGUAUCUACGCCCAGAACUCCAUCCGAAAACAGAAUGAGAAGUUGAAUCUGCUCAAGUUGGCUUCGAGAAUAGAUGCAGUCAGUUCAAGGGUGCAAACCGCCGUUACGAUGAGGCAGGUGAGCCAGAGCAUGGGCAAUGUGGUUAGAGGCAUGGAUGCGGCAAUGAAGACGAUGGAUUUGGAGAAGAUCUCGGCCAUCAUGGACAAAUUUGAGAGCCAGUUCGAGGACCUCGACGUCGCUACGGGUUACUACGAAAAUGCAACCAGUUCGGCGACUGCGGUCGGAACGCCACAAGAAGAGGUUGAUAAACUCAUGAGCCAGGUUGCAGACGAAGCUGGCGUGGAACUCAACCAGGAAUUAGAAGGGGCAACACCAGCAGGACAGCUUAAGGUCAGCCCAUCGGAGCAAGCCGAAGACGCGCUUGGGGAUCGACUGAGGGCUCUAAGGGCAUGCUAAGUUUCUUACGUAUGUAUGAUCAGGCGUUAUUGGCAAAGAGCUGGGGGCGGCAUCGACAUUUGUACAUGAGUUGAGGCAAGGCGUGUAGCCAAAUUACUUUUCAUCCGAUCCUCGCUGGAUGCUAACGAGUAGAUGACUACCACAAGAUACCUACGAACACGUCGCUGAGGCUGGUGUGCUGUGAUUUACCAUUACCUACGCCUCUAAAAUUCACCAACACAUCGAUCACGACUUCGACCUUCCUUUUGAACCAUGUGGCUUUGGUUUCCAUAUCCGCUUUCCAUUUCAAUAGCCGGAGCUUAUCACUCAUAUGGUGCGCUGCUGUAAGAGUCUAUCAGCUAUACUCAUGAUAGUUUCCAUCUAUCCAUUUGCAGCGAUGUAUUGUCGUUGCUGUUUUUGGUCGGAGGGUGUAUAGACAGGAGUCCAGUAAUCGUAGCUUUGCUUAGGCGCUUGAGUCUUCUAGCGUGUCUGCUCUUAUUUCA